AUGUCUUUAGUCGCAGAUUACAGUUCAGACCCCGGAACCGAAAGUGAACAAGAAGAAUCUUCCAUUAGUGAACAAAGACAAAAUAAGCAAGAAUCUUGUACACCUGAGAAAAAGACUUCUCUAUUUUCUACACUUCCGCCGCCGAAGAACAGAGUAGUAAACAUCGCUACUACUAAUGUUGGUACUAUUUCUUCGUCAAAGAACAAGAAAAGGGCGGAAGGACCAGUUAAGAUCCUUGUCGAUUUGCCAAAGCCUUCGGAAAAAGACAAUUUAGACAGUGAUAGUGAUGACGAAGAAAGAGAGGCAAAGAGACUAAAGUUUGGAACGAGUGGUAAAGGUCCUGGUUCAGGCUUAUUUUCAAUAUUGCCUGCUCCUACAAGAACUAUAGCUUCAAAAGACAUAAAAACCGACAAAAAUGAUAAUGAGAGCAAAGGAUCUAAUGGGAAAACAGUAAAAACUACAAGUUUUGUUCCGCAUACUGUGAAAAAACAAAAAUCUGCUACCGUUGCAAAACCAACUAAAGCUUUAACAGAAGACAAUAAGAGUCAAGUAAAUAAAGAAUCGAUUAGUGAUAACCAAGACGAUGAAACGUCACAGUCACAAAAAGAUGAGGAGAUAUCAUUCUUUCCAUUAGGGGAUAAUAGUUAUAUGUAUACUACCGCCUCUACUUCUUAUGGAGCAGGCGUAAGCUAUGCAAGUGGUGUUAAUGAUUCGUCAUGGCAUCUACAACAGCAACAAGAAGAAUCGGAGAUUGCAUUAAAUGAAGAAAUAAUAGCAAAAUUAGGAGGGCGAAGAAACAAAAAAGAACGCGAAGCAGGUGCAAUACAAGUAAAAGAUAUUGACGCCCGUGAUCAAUUGGGUGACGACGCGUGGCGUUCCCAGAUGGCGCAGUUAACCAAACCUGGACAAGUGUCGAGUGGUGCUUACUCGCAUUUAAAACCAUCAAAAGGCCAAAAACGUAAGCAUAAUCUCGCGUACUUGGUUCAUCAGGCAUCAGUGAUGGAAAAUGAUCUCAAAGAACAAUAUGCCAAUAAUCGAAAGACGAAGCGAGAAACUCAGGCUAAAUAUGGUAAAUACAUUAUUUCUGAGUAUGCAUGCGAUCUUGCUUUUGCAUUCUAUUAUUAA